UCUUGAGAUACACAUUUACGAAACUCGCAUCAAUUUCGCGUCUCCGUCUUUCUUACACGCAGUGAAAACCUCUGACCGAACGGUCUUCGGGCUUUGUGCUAAUUAAUCGGAUAGCAACCGGAUUGGUCGUUAAAUGGACCUAUCCGGACCGCUAUCUCCCAAGGCGAACGCAUUCUCGAUUGCACAUUUGAUAGACGCUUCACAGAUCCCGGGGUUCAUGAACAUCACCAGCUACAACCGACAGACGUACGUUCCAAUAAUGUUCAACUGGGACUCAUUCAGGCUAACCAAAGAUAUGGAGGGUGAGAGGAUAUUUCAGCACCUCGGGUAGACACUAGUGAUAUAAUACCUUCAUUUUUUUUCCGUAUUGUUUAUCGUAGAGAGGCUUCGAAAUGCAGGAACAGGAAAGAAGGUUUCGUCGCCUGAAAAUUUCCCUUCAGACAGCACGAGUUCGUCGCGCGAUUGUAGAAAUAUAGAUGAGCGAUGCUGCACUUCGUCCACUCCUCCAGCCAGUCCACUGGCCUGUUCCUUAGCCAAUGUAAAAGUAGACAUCGAGAUGAAGAAUUUAUGGGACGAUUUUUACUCUCUUGGCACAGAGAUGAUAGUAACAAAGGCGGGAAGGUUAGCCACUUCUUUAAUAAUUUCACGCCUUUACUAUCGGUGCAACAUGAUAAUUUACGAGCAUGAAUUUUAAUGAAUUGUCAUCUAAAAAACUGCACAACGGAGGAAAAUCAAAUUUAGUAGUCUGUGUUCUGCUCAUAGAUAUACUGAAGUUAGCUCUGGGAGUAUAUAUGAGUAACCUUAGCGAAUAUUAUCACCAAAUUCCACGUUCACACCUUUUAUAGACAAUAUUGAUCGUUCAAUUUCGCUUGGGGCAAAUAAUGUGUAAAUUCAGUGCAGAUAGACUAUUUAUAAGCGCUGAUGUUUUUAAGGAAUACACGCUGCAGAAAGCAGCUUACGUUGCUGCUCAAACGGUUUUUUGUAAUAAUAUGGGGUUACGGAGGCCGUGAGUAAAUUGUUCGAAAAUUGUGCGCAAAUUGCUCGUCCGUUAUCUUGCGUUGUUUGAUAACGUACAAGGAAAUCGCUCAUUACUGGCAUGCGACCUGGUGAAUUCCAAAAAAAUAACAUUGCACUGAAUACGUUUAUUUUCAGUGAGAAAGUCUGUUUAUUCCAUUAGCCGGAAAAAAUGUUUUUGAUGUCAUAAUCGGCGCUAUCAUAACAAGGAACCAUUAUGGGGCGGUCUUCUGUUUGUUUUCUCUGAGGACAAAAGCAGUGAACGGAUAGAAACGCGUGUGGCCAUCGGAAUAUAAUUUCUCUCAAUUUUCCCCCAGAAAUACAAAUAAAAAAUACAAACAAGCAGAAACGGCUAUUGUAAAGUUAAGAGGGACAGGAAGUUGCAUGAAUGCUAAGCUAAUUAAAAGUUGUAAGAUUACACGAAUAUCUUUGGCUCAGUGUUCUUGAGCCGAUAGCAGUGAACGUGUGGUGGAGAAGCGCCUCGAAAUAAGUUUCCCUUUUCCCUAAUGUUCGCAUAGUGAUUUGCCAGAAAUCAAGCGCUAUGUUAAGUUUUUAAAUGCAAUGCUUUUGCUUUUAUCGUGAAAUUAACUUCAAACAAUGACUGAUGUCUGUUUGUGGACUAGAUCAGCCUCAGGCAACUCAUAACCCGGGGGGCUCCAAUGGGGACAUUUCACAGCGUCCAUUUUCUCGCUUUAAAGCAUGGAUUUUGUGCUAAGGCUCGCUUUGCUUGCGCUUUGUAGCUUUCCGUUCUUUUCAGUGUAGUUUAGAAAUAGUAAACGCUAUGAGAAGUCCGAAGAGAGUGCAGUCUAACCCGCGCAAACUGACUGUAGAAUGAAUGGCAGACUGGGGACACCCAACAUGGUACUUUCGAAGUGCACGAAAGAUUCGGGAAAGGAUUUUACGAAGUUAAGAAUAUGACUAUGCAGAUGAAAACCUUUAUUUGGGGAUAUGUAACCCAUUUACUCUCAAAAUCAAUAUUUAGUCAGGGAACUUUGCAUGAAUUUGAAACCAUGCAUACAGCACAAGCUUUUGCGCGUUUCUUUGGUGUUAUCAUACAUGUGUGGAUUCUUCAAUUAUUCAUUUAGAGCAUUUUGGGGAUGAGUAUAACGAGGACCCAGUAGUUUGACUGAUUUAUAGCUAUUGGCUAUCUGCAACUUCAGUUUUUCAGAGCUGGGCUCUUCAUAUUAAAAGGGUGUGCCAUAGAAGAUUUUAAUCAUAUUUUCUUCAUCUUUGGUAAUUAAGAGUAGAGUAGUAACUUCUCACCGGCGUUGUAUUUGAUUCAGUUUCUUCAUUUGAAAUGUUUCGAUUAGAAUUUGGACUUUUAUUGUGAAUUUUAUUUUUGGCUUCUAUCAGGAAAGUACAGGCGCAAAGGAAAGAAAUAUCGUAAUAAAAACCGCACCUCAGGGCUGUUUAAUCCAAGUGAUACUAUUUGAAGCAGCUUAUACCCAAGCAAAGUGCAUGCUUAUUGAAAGUCGCUCAAUUCUCACCCACAGUCUGUUAAAGGAGGGCAUCAUUUUCUCUGGAAACUAGCUGAAAUAAUGAUCUCAAACUUUAUCGCAAAUGGAACACUAAAAGCGAAUACAUUAGGGUACAGAUUUGUACCUGGGGGCGGCGCCCCCCUGGGUAAAGCUCCUUGAGUUCCCCCCGGAAAGAUCACUGGUAUUCAUCGAGACCUGUAAUUUGACAAAAUAUUUUUCGGACGCAAUUCCAUCAUAAAUCAAAAGUAGCGCGAAACGCCAUGCCUGUCAAAAUUCUGUAGUGAGUUGAAACAUUAUGUUUGGCGGCUUGUCUUUUCCCCUGCUUUUGGAAUUUUCAAUUUUUGAAUAAUCAUUGGCGCCUUUCGUAUGAGGUAAACCGCGGAAGUAAGGAAGUAGAAAUCGGGCCUUCUAGAGAUCUCACCGAAUCGAUGCCAAGUGUGUAAUUGCUUUCUAAGAGGAUGCAUUUCUUGGCUCAAAUUCAGUCAUUCUCUAAGAAAAAAAUAGGCCACCUUUUUGCUAGCCUUCCAAUACGUGAGAUGGCUGUAUUCGCAGGACAUCUUUUUGGCGAGUCAAUCGUCAUUUGUAUUAACAUGUUUCUUUUUAGUAUUCUCUUGGACUUAGAGAAGCUAGUGCUAGCGACAAUAGUUAUCCAUUGUAAUAUUCACGACGCAAAUUGACGAAUAAUUCCGAAAUUUACCCUCUACCGUUCCCUACUACCUCGCCUUUAACACAGAGCUAGUGACUCAUUUAAAAACCAUCGAAACACUUAGCGUGCCGGAAAACGACAAACCAAAAGAGACGGAAAAAAUAAUCUCCAACCUCCCAUUAGGAAGUUCUUCAUCUUUGUAGGGGGGCAAGAAGGGCUGGAUAGUGAAGAAACCUCCACUUUGGCAUACCGGGCUAUUGCCAGUGUGAAAUUUUGCAUGAUGUCUUAUUGACAUGAAAAGUCGCGAUCUUUCGUCUCCAGCCACAUAAACUGGGAGAACCGUAAGAAUAUACGGCUCUGCUUACGUCCGUUUGACGAGAGAAAUAGCCAUGAAAGGGUUUUAAACGGGUUUAACUACUUUCACCUAUCAAGUUAACUACUUUCACCUAUCAAGCCUUAGAAGUUAGAGUCAAUGUAAAGCGGUUUGGGUGUAUAUUCCUUCAGGUGAAAGCAACACUGCACAACGCGGAUGAAAUCGAUUUGCGACCAUGAUUGUUAUGUAAGAGUGAGUGAUAUUUUAGCGUCCCGUCUUAAUGAAGGAUGAAUGUGCAAGGUGAUCUCUGGACAAAUCCGCACAGGAAAAUUAACUGUGUACUAGAAUAACAACUGCAGGAGGACUUACAUAAUAAACAUAAUGAUAAAGGUCACAGGUUGUUUUAUCCGAUGUCUAAUUUUAGAGCUGAGGGCGAACAUGAGCAGAGACUAAAUAUUCUUAGUGCUUUCCUGUUUGAGCUGAAACAUUCUUAGCAUGUUUCUAAGUUAUGAAGCUAUGGUAGUUUGUUGUAGUCCGCAAUCUACUGCUUAAGCUGUAUGUAGUUUAGAAUGGCAACGAAACUAUACCUUGAACUCUAUAAUGUUUUAUGUUAAAGCUGUUUCUCGUGCUGUGCCUUGCUACGUUUAGAUAAAAACUAAUAAGUUGAUAGAAAUUUCUGUUAUUAUAAGUGUUUCUAGCUAAAUCAAUUUUUUUGUUAGGUGUCACUCCUUUUCUUUUGUAUGUAUUUUUGGUCAAUAGUCUACUUCAACGCUCUUAGAAAAGAAGUUCUCGUAAACUCAAAGAGCGUAAAGAAAUCAGUUAAACGCGUUUUGCCUCUCACCAGUAAAGUGAAUUUCUUGUGUGAGUGCUUUGUUACUGACUGGCUCCUGAGUAACGCAGGUUCAAGGUGCUGUAUCUCUAGUAUACGAUAAACAAUGACUUAGCCGAAAAAUGUGGUCCUCUAAACCAUCAGGCAGAAUGAGGACGCACCUCACUGCAAGCCUUUGGAAGUGCCAUUCGCAGAUAAGCGGGCGUUUAAAUUGGGCCAAACGUGAAAUCGAAAGAAGUUAAGUGAAGGCACGAUUACUACAACGCCACUGCAACCCGGUGCUUUCAAUAGCAGCCAAACAGAGUCAAGCUAAAAACCUUACUUUGGAAACCUUGUUAUAACUUCAGCUCAGCCCUCUAGAUUCCGGAAUUGACAAUGAUAACAUGAAAUAAGUCAGUCUAUCUUUUGAUUUUCUGGAAGAAUUCCUAUGGUGUGACUAUUCAAAUACAAUCUCUUCAGCCGACCUUUCGUCUGAUAUUUUAUGUCUCUUGUAGUAUUCUACGAUUUCAAAUUAGGCAUUUUUCCGGAGUUGAUUUAUGGCCAUAUUAGGAGGGAAUAUGGCCCAGGCUGCACAAGGUAUUUCUCUAUUAAUAUACUUCGCGGAAUAAAGUAUGCCUCGCGGCUAAAGCAAGGGUUGUUUCGGGGCACUUAAACUACAAAAAAACAACGACAACAACAGCAAAUGGGCUUCUUUUGGCCCUGUUUCUCACUUGCCCGGUUUUGAAAUACUGCAUCAAACUAUAUUUGGUAAGGAACUCGUGAGGUCGACUUGUAGCAAGUCUAUGUAUUUGGCUGCCUACUUUUCCUCAGGCUUUCUAUUUUCGUUUAUUGUUUCAAUGGAGUUGAAAGGUUAACGCCCUGUACUAAUAGAAAUCAGAGACAAAUCUCCCAUUAACCCACUGCAGCUGCAGCUAUCGUUAUGCAGUUUUCCACAGAAUUCAUGGCCAUACUUAAGCAAGGUUAAGCUUAUUAUAGUGACUUAUGAGUUUGUAGAGGAUAUCCUAAUUAUCACUAAGAAUACUUGAGAAGUCUGCAGUUGAGUGAUAUUAUUUUUUACGGUUUUGUACCUGAAUUAUCAGUGAAAAUCUUUGUGGUUUAGGAAUGAUAUGCAAGUGAAGGUUUAUCUCCUUUCAGUUAAGUGGCAUUACUGUUUACUAUUCGGUUGUAUAAGUUAUGGGAUCCGAUUGCCCAAGACCUCAUCGCAAGAUUGAUAAUACCAUUGCCUCUGUCUAUACCGCCGUUCUUAAAUUAGUGUUACCGGUUUGGUUUAUUGUGGCUCAUAGGGAUCCCUAUUUGGGUGGCAGUUUCCGUUCCAAAGUAGAGAAUUCGCUAUACUUGAAUUUUUGCGUAGAACAGUCUCUUUAUAUCGGUUUCACUGAGCUCUUGUGGCUCAACCUUUCAAAGAAACCCUCGGCCACCUCUUGACGAUCAUCUAGAACGCAUGUGUCUCUCUCCGACAUGUACAUGUCUUUGUUUACCUUUGUCUACAGCAAAUAAACAUUUUUAAUCAAUAUGUAAAGUAGUAGGUUUUCCAUAGUGGACAUGAUGUUUCAUCUUUAUCGUAUGAAUGAUUUAUAUCAAUUGAUAUAGCAGAGAAAUAGUUCCGAUAAAACUAUAUAUCAGUGAUUGCCAUUGUUUUCGUUGUUGCCAUUUUUUGUGAACUUUUCGUGAACCUUUUAACUUUGUUUGAAUGAACCUCUUCACAUAUUUAAUAGCUUUUUUUCCUCUGUGUGUGUGUAAAAUAAAACGAUAUUAAACAGCUAACCAGGUCAUCUUUACUUUGAGUUAACACAAAUGGUAUGUCUUUAGAUCAGCAAAAUAGCUUCUAUGUUACAUGCUUCACAUACAUCGUUUUAUUGAACUGAAGUAAUAGUAUGACAAACAGCCUUCGAAUGGUAAGAGCGUCAACGCCCAAAACGUUAGUCCGUUUGGAAUAUUUUCAGUGCUGGCUAAAUUAGCUUGAUAACCUUAAAUGAUAACAGACUUUAGUGCUUCACUCUCGACAACUGACUUUUAUUAGAAGUUAAUUAGCUGAGAUGGCGCGAUCAUUUUCGUUUUGUAUCACUGGUUUCCCGAGCAGUGCACGACAUUGUGAGUUGAAGAUAAACACUUCUCUGAACUGUCCUCUAAAUCACGGCUUUCUUUUCUUCACAGGCGCAUGUUUCCACCGUUCCAAGUGAGACUUCACGGACUGGACCCUACAGCCAAAUACAUUCUUAUGAUGGACUUUGUCUCAGUGGACGACAAACGUUACAGGUACGCGUUCCACAGUUCCAAGUGGCUGGUGGCGGGCAAAGCAGACUCCAGUGUACCCGGGAGAGUACACAUUCAUCCCGACUCUCCCUGUACUGGACAGCAAUGGAUGAAACAAGUCGUGUCUUUUGACAAACUUAAACUCACAAACAACCUGAUGGAUGACAAUGGACAUGUAUGUGGUGUUUCGUAUUGGCGUAGGUUAACGUUAGUUAAAAAUCGAAAUCAGUGUUGCUGGGCUUUUUUAAAUUGUUAGCUAAGAUAAGAAAAUGGUAGGAUAUGAUAAGAUCACCUGAUAGUUAGACAGCCAAACAUUUUAUUAGUUAACUGGGACGUUAUGGUAAAAACCAAAUUCACCGGUUAUUGAAAUUUCUUCACCCUAUCCGGUCUUUCAAGCUGUUUAUUUUACUGAGCCAGCGAAAAGCACUGGAUCAAACCACCCUCUGGCUGGAGAAGAAGAGUGGAUUUAGAGGGGGGAGAAGGGGAGGGGCCGCCAGUCCGUCCUUUUGCUCGUAAUUGUGUUAAAGUUGUAAUCUAUUCGAAUGCAGCCAUCCGAAAACAAUGCCUGUAAUGCUAAUAAGAGAUGGAGUACUCUCUUCCCAAUAGCGCGCUAUUGGGAAGAGGAACUUACCUUUAACCCUUUAAGUCCUGAUAGUGACCAACAUCAAUUUUCUCCCAAUGAUAUCCGUACAUUGUCAAGAGACUAGGUUUUGAGAAUUAAUAAAAUGAUCUCCUAAGAGAAAAUGCUUUGAUCUUUUGUAAAAUUCUCUCAACUCAUUCUUUAAGGAAAUGUAUAGAGAUCAGUUUGGAGAAUUUGUAUGUGGAUAUUGGGGCUUAAAGGGUUAAAUAAGAAACCCACAAUGCACAGCCACGAAUAGGAUACCCGGCGCGGGCUAGACGCGGCGUGCUAGUGUAACGUAAUAGAGUUUUAGACUAUUCUAUUGCGGAGUCCCCUAAGAAAAUACGUAAGAGUUCUUAGUAAAAUAUGGCUUCUAAAGCCUUAAUAUUGGAUAGAGAUGCUUGAAACCAUAAAUAUAUUUGUGUGGCGCAUGGCAAGUCUCCGGCCCAACCUUUCUGAAUUUUUUGAAUCCGCCCGGCACCCAGACGCGCUUUUCCUUUUAGUGCGUAGUAAGUUUUUGCCACGAAUUCACGUAUGCUCAAGCAGAACCGAACCCGACAUUUCUUUUGCUUAUCUUCUAAUCGCCGGAACUUAUUACCUUGCUGUGAAGUAUUCAUUAAUAUGUACCCCCCAGUGCUUUCACCUUGUUAUUACCUACAGACCGGCAUACUUUAACUGAGCUACCAUAAUUAGGUUUUAUUUCCCUCUCUAACUAAUUCAAAUUCUUCAGUUUACUGCGGUUGUUUUUGUAUUCAACUCUCGUCUAACUAACCUUGCAAUGUCCAAAAACAAAAUGCUUAAUUGUCAGGUUACUAAAUUAUAAAGGCAUCAAAUCGCCUAGAAAAUUAGUAGCUUGUCCAAGUAUGUGAUCAUUUAAAAAGUAGGCAAAACAGAUUGCGAAGGAGGGCCCGCAUUUGCCGUUAAGAGUCUUCAGACUUCUUUUCUUGAAUGCUUGGUUUCAGAGCUUUUAGCGUGCUCUUCGCUGUUAGGGUUUCGUCAUUAAAAUCUCUUUCCCUCCACAAAGAAUUUCGCGGUAUUCCUUUUUGGUUCCAUUCCAGGCUGUUCUACAGAAAAACUUUGAAGAUAAGAAAGAGAUCACCAACCUCUUCCUGAUAACGUUAAUGAUGAUCAUUACGAUAACAAUGAAUGAUGACCGUUUUGUUGCUGAUUUUGCUCUUAGAUUAUACUCAACUCCAUGCAUAAGUACCAGCCUCGAUUUCACGUUGUACUAGACAACCAAGAAAAGAGUACCAUGACCAGUGCUCUAAGAGCGAGUACGGAACAUGUGAAAACCUUCGUGUUUCCUGAAACGCAAUUCAUGGCUGUAACGGCUUAUCAAAACCACAUGGUAGGUCCUUUUCCAUUCCUUCACAUUGAUUGCCAGAGGGAAAGGAUUAGAGUGUCUAGCCAGUAGCUCAUUAACCAUUCUCAAAAUUCUUUCUAGCCAGGGGAAUGCAUAGUUACCGGAAGAUGAAUAAAACUGUGGGAAAUAUUGUUUGAUAUGUGGACUUGUUUUAUGUUUUUCACCAGAUGAUUCUAACGCUCGAACUGUUUGAAGGUCUGUUCAAUUUUUGAGUAAAUGAAUUUUUAAAUAUAGAAGGCAGACGAUGGUUGUAUCAGAUCAUUGAGAGUUGGUAUGCUCUGGGACUAUUGUAAAACCGCUCGUAAUCCUUUACCACACCAUGUUCAUUCUAGGCUCAGUACGCUUCUAUAGUUCCUACUCUAGACCUUACUGGUUACCGUCCCUACUCCCUACAGAGGGUUUUUAACCCUUUUACGCCCCAAUGUGCACAUACAAAUUCUCCAAACUGAUCUCAUACAUUUCCUUACUAAAUGAGUUGAGAGAAUUUGAUAACAGAUCAAGACAUUUUGUCUGUGCUGAUCAUUUUGUUAAUUCUCAUAAUAGUAUCUCUUGACAAUGUUUGGAUAUCGUUAGGAGAAAAUUGAUAUUGGUCACUAUUGGCACUGUUUGAUAUUCUUCGCAGAUAACUCAACUGAAGAUAGCUAGUAACCCUUUCGCUAAAGGAUUUCGUGAUUGUGACCCGGAUGACUGGUAGGUGUGGCCUGGUUGAAACACUUUACAUACACUCUUUCAUGUAUGCAACAUGCUGCAAGAAAUUUGUGUUUUACAUCAAUGUCCCACUCGAAAAUAGCAUAGCUAAUCGAGUCAAUAGUCUCAAGCUAAGCAGCCACCUCACCUGCUCACCACCGACAUGGUUCUUUCGAAAACAAAAUACAGGGAAAGUGCUGGCCUAGUCCCUAGGCCUCAUUAUUGCGACGGCCUAUGCGUUCCAAUUCACGUGGUCCGAAAGGUUCGUCUCGGACGAUACAUCACCGAAAUGCAUUGACCGAGAUGGCCUGGGAAGAAGCCUUACAGAGACUAGGCGAGCCAGCGCUCAGGUUUUAUUAAAUCACCAGUGUUUUCAAUGAAUUUGUCUCCAGAAGAAAUUUCUCACAACUAAUAAAAAUUUAUUCCGUCCUCUUUUCUAUCGAGUGGAGAUUUCCCUAAUUUUAUAUUUUGCAUUAGUGCUAGUUUGCUUAGAUUAAAUGUUAUAUUGUAUUAUAAUAAUGUUUUACUCUUUAGGGCGGUUACUUAGCGUUGGUAUUAAUGUUUUUUAAUUUGUUUGAUGCGUACACAUUGUCGUAAAGCUGGCUAAGCGUGUUACAUAAAUGUACAGAAAAAUAAUAAACUAAAAUUUAUAAAAAAAAAAAAUUGAUAGGAUGACAUUGUAAUCGAUUGUUGUUGGGUUUUCUUUCAAUUAUUUAGCGUGGUAGAAGUUAUAAAGCAAGUAGAACCCGGCAACAUGGUACCAAGUUCAAAGUCUCGGAUUCAAGGAGAGGUGUUCUCUCCUAAGUCUUGUGCUUCUGGGAGUGAAGAAGGAGAAAGCUUAACAGGUUUGUGUUGGCCAGUCCUUCCUUUUGUAGAUGGCUUGGAUAGAAUGAGGAAAACGAAGGGGGCACCUUUUGAUGUGGACUUGCACCGACAAUAAAACGUUCCUCUUUCCAUAAAAUCAUCAUCCAAAGAUUUUAACUUGAACAUUAUUCGCCUUUAACUCACGAUUUCCACGCUCUUGUCUUUAGGAUCCAUGGCGACUGUGACGUCACCUUUGGUACCCAUGGGCCGUGUUCUUCCCUCGCUAACGCUCCCCUCCAUAACAGUUCCCUCGUGUACUCCCAUCAUAAGUCCAACCAUUACGUCACCGCUACUACAUCCCCACCCUACCUCGCCCGGGACAUCAACUUCCGUGUAUCGGGGAUUUCCACCAUUACGUGACCAUCGCAGCGUACCUUAUCCAUCGCCGUAUUUAAGGUAUAAUUCAGCACCGCAAAGCGAAAUACCUGGUUAUCAAUCUCCACCGGGGACAAUAUCAAGUCAAUGACAGAACAUUGUGAGACUGAAAAUGAAAUCUUGAGGACACAAACGAAUUUCUUACAAUGUUGGUGGGCAAUAGUAGAAGCGCGAAUACUCUCAAGAGCACCGGACCCGAGACUGGUUAACUGUUGUGUCGAAUUGCACUCUGGGACUGUUUUGGGGACACUAUCGCUUCCUUUUUUUGGCUUUAACAAAGUUGCGUAGGAGACUGGGUCAAAAUUCGUCUCUCAAAACAGUGCGCAAUUCGAAACAACACCAACCCCGACAGUCUCUAGAGCAAACUCCAAAUGGCCAAUCCCACACCAAGACGUUGCCUUUCUCCAAUGCCGACUUAAUGCCACAACCAAUUAAAUGGCUCUUGAUCAUUAGAGAUUUGUUCAAUAAUGUUUCGUUCGCAGACGCAAAUUUUCAAAAGAUUAUUUAAGUUAAUACAGCAUCAUGAUCACUUGAUUCCUACUUACUUCUCUUCCCUUACAAGUUUCACUCACCGGCUCGAUUUUUAAAUAGCUUUCUUCUUGCUCGUUAUUGUGUACAGUUUGUAGAGAUAAGUUUCUUUGUAAGGAGGCUAGAGCAAGCUCUGGUAAUAGCUUGCACUUAAUUUUCACAUAAAAGUCAAAGUCUAGUAGUGAAUUACAUUUUAAAAUUAGUUAUACGUUUCAGUUUGUUUCCUAGCUAUUUCCUGUUCUGUUGAUGUUAAUGCCAGAUUACCGUGAUCUCACUUCACUCAAAGUUUUAUCUUUUUGUCCUGGAACAAAACAAUUUCUUUUCCUUUUUUUUUUCAUUCGCCAGCGUAGUAUACUUCUUUUUAAAAUUACAAAUGUCAAAGGUAACUAAGAGUGCUUUCCAAAAUGUCAGAAUUGGCCGGCCGGAC